UUCUGUGAAGAAAUGAGGGGUGAUGAUUGCAAGGCAGAUUCUUGCCGUGCCCUCAGCCUCUGUGAGACUGGCUUGAAUUUGUUUGCCUGUUACUGUGCGCCAGGCUUUGUCGGCAAUAACUGUGAGAUUGAGGUGGAUGAAUGUUUAAGUGACCCCUGUCAGAACAAUGGCACUUGCACUGAUCUUCUCAACUCUUUCAGCUGUGUGUGCCUUGGUGGAAUUGAAGGUAAAGACCAGGAGAUGAGGAGAGAAAAUUGCAGCUGCAUUUCCAAUAUCAGCAAUCUUAUCAUGCCAGUAAACUAGAAUUGCUGAAGAAGUUUAGUGUUCAC